ACGACCAGGAACCGUGAAUGUUAUAUUUAGAACUCGUGAAAUAAAAGAAGGCAAAAGGGCAUCGUAGCCUUCAGCGGAAGUAGCUUAGGUUGUUUGUUAGCAUAUAAAAGCGUUGCGUUAAAUGCCUGCAGUUAACAUUUCCUCCAUGUGAAGCACGGGACCUGCGUGCUCAGCUGGAUUGGUCCGUCAAAACAUCGGUUCUCAGUCUGUUACAGUCUCCGUUUCUCAAACAGCUAGCUAGCUGUCGCAGGGCAGAAGCUACUCACACAGCAGACGAGGAAGGAGGGGAGUCUUACAUUUCUCACUUGUAGGCCUAAAUAACACGCCACGUUUGCUGUCAUAGAUUAAGAGACAUUCCCCAUACGUUCCCAUCUGAUGGAGCACUGGUUGGCAGUCUUUGUGAAGAGGCACCAUGUUUCCUUGUCAUGUAACCCCUUGGCCAUCUGCUGAGCCUCCAGCCUCUUGCAGCAGUCAUGCAAAUCCAAUGCAACCCUCUCAGCCCUUGCCUGAUCUACUGUGCAGCUGUCCUGCCCCACCUUUAAACACCCACUCUGAGACACCCUCGCCGGAUCCAAUGGAGUCCCUAAUUGUCGUAACAGAGUAUGAACCCAGCCGACCGCCUGGAGAGGCUGGGGAGGAAGAGGUAGAAGAAAUGGACAGUUCAGAGACGCCGGAGCCAGCUUCCUCUGUGGCAGCACCUUUCCGGACUCCAUCCUGUGACCUUCUGUCUCAUACAGUUGGUCGGCCAGAAGCUCUACUACCCGGAAGCCAAGAGCAAAGGGGAAGGUUAAACUUUUCAGACAGGAAACUCUCUCUGCAGGAGCGCUCACAAACAGCAACCUCACCCUGUAGCUCACCGGGACUUAAUGGGCGCUAUAUUUAUCCAUCAUUACCGUACUCCCCCAUCACGUCACCUCAUUCUUCUCCACGCCUGCCCCGCCGGCCCACUGUGGAGUCCCACAGUGUUUCCAUCACAGACCUCCAGGACUGUGUUCAACUCAACCAGUACAAGCUGAAAGAUGAGAUUGGAAAGGGCUCCUAUGGUGUUGUCAAGUUGGCUUACAAUGAGGAUGACAACACAUACUAUGCGAUGAAGGUGCUUUCCAAGAAGAGGCUGAUGAGGCAGGCAGGUUUCCCACGGAGACCUCCUCCUCGUGGGGCAAGAGCCGCUCCCGAGGGGCCUGCCCAACCUAAAGGGCCGCUGGAGCGAGUCUAUCAAGAGAUUGCCAUCCUUAAAAAGCUUGACCACCCUAAUGUAGUCAAACUAGUAGAAGUUUUGGAUGACCCUGGUGAGGACCAUCUGUACAUGGUGUUUGAGCUGGUGAAGCAAGGGGCUGUGAUGGAGGUGCCGACCGAUAAGCCUUUCAGCGAGGACCAGGCACGUUUUUACUUCCAGGAUCUUCUCAGGGGAAUCGAGUACUUACAUUACCAGAGGAUCAUCCACAGAGACGUCAAACCGUCGAAUCUGCUGGUGGGAGAAGAUGGACACAUCAAGAUUGCAGACUUUGGAGUUAGUAACCAGUUUGAGGGAGCUGAUGCCCUGUUGACCAGCACAGUUGGAACUCCUGCUUUUCUUGCUCCUGAAACGCUCUCUGAGACCAGAAAGAACUUCUCUGGAAAGGCUUUGGAUGUUUGGGCCAUGGGAGUGACGCUGUAUUGCUUUGUCUUUGGAGAGUGUCCAUUUAUGGAUGAGCGCAUUCUCAGUCUUCAUCAAAAAAUCAAGACGCAACCCGUGGUGUUACCAGAACAUGCCGACAUAUCAGAUGAUCUCAAGGAUUUGUUAUUGAAAAUGCUGGACAAGAAUCCAGAGACCAGGAUAACGAUCCCACAGAUUAAGGUACACCCAUGGGUGACAAGGCAUGGUGCUGAGCCACUUCCCCCUGAGGACGAUAACUGCUGUAUGCUUAUUGAAGUAACCGAGGAGGAAGUGGAGAAUUCUGUUAAACACAUCCCCAGCCUGGCAACAGUGAUCCUGGUAAGAACUAUGCUCAGGAAGCGAUCCUUCGGAAACCCCUUUGACUGGGGCCGGAAGGAGGACCGCAGCAGUUUGUGUCCUCCAGGGCAAACCCUCACGAAAGGCAGAGCAGGCAGUGUGAGAUACUGCUACAUUCAUUGUAACCAAAAAAGGAAACAGGAAAGCGGUGACGGGAUGAGAAGUAUGAACCUGCCCUACGUGGGAGAGGAUGAGACUCUUUCCUGAUGCGGGAGGUUUAAUAUGCACGCUGGCAUCUGGCUGCCUGCAAUCACACAGCACAAAACCCCUUUACUCACAGUUUUAUACUUGCAGCCCACACAUCAUUUCUUGGGAGGUGGUCGAGUGUGGCAGACACUAACAAAAGGGAGGAAAUAAUGCUCUAAGGCACUUUGAUGAUCACUUUCUAAGCUUUUAUUCUGUCCUGUCCUCUUACACAGUUUAAUUUAAGGUUAUGGGACUUAAACUGUAACAUGGAAACCAUCCAAGGGUGGAGCAUCCUCCUUUACUUUCAACCUUCGCCCCUUUUUGCCUGGCCCACUCCUUCUCCUACCCUGCAUGCUCUUAUAGUCCUAGCAUGCUUUGUCUCAGGCUUCAGCUGUACAGUUUCGGGUUUUAUCAUAGUCUAGCCACUUGUGUUUCAGGUAUACGGGACGAAGGAAUAUUUGGAGGGGGGUUUUGGGUGGGGGGCAGGAUGGUUGUCUUCACCAUCACCACCAACAUUUAAAUAAGCAGUUUUCUUAAAAACGAUUGUCUGGUUCACUCUGCUUCGUGGUAGCAGUGCCCAGUUUGGUAACACAUUUUAGAGUGAAGUAUCUAUAGAAUUUACCCAAAAUGGGGGGAAAAAGGAGAGUGAAAAAAUGUUUACUUCACCGAAUGCAUGUGUUUACUUUCCCAAUGCAAACACUGUAUAAGCUAUUUCUAAACAGUUACAUUGUUGUACAGCCAUUACUUUUGUUUUUUUUCUCAUUUACUACAAUCAAUAGCUUUCAGAAAGCUUUAAUACAGUUGAUAUAGUGCUUUGUGAAUAAUAACAUUCAUUGCUGCAUACAAGAGGGCAUAAAAAAGUCAUCCUUCCUCUUUCCUUGUUUUAAAGAUCUAGUGCUUCUGGUGAAUCUUUUUAAGAUGUACUAUUAUGUGAUUUUUAGGUGUUUGCUAUAAAUCCUGCGUGAAGGUGAAGGUGAGCUACUACCUGAUGCGUUUGGGGGAAAACACAACGUGUUAGUUCUAAAUGAUUCUGUAGGUUAAACGUGUUGUUGAAGCUGUAAAUCGGUCUGUUUAGACAAAAACGGGCUUUGUGGUCGGAUCCCGAGCGUCACAUGAUUUCACUGUGUUCACGUAUUUGUUUCACUUCUCCAAGUUGAGGUCUGUAUGCAGACAAAUUAAACAGAAAAUCACAAUUGAACCUCAAGCUUAAAACGACAACAACAAAAAACUUGUGAAUGUUUUUACUAGUUUUGUUUGUUUUUGUAUUGUAGGAGGUACCGAUAUUAUGUUAAAACUGCACAUUUCAAAGUCAUUUUGUAAACUAUGAUAAAUUGAAAUAAAUAAAUAAAUAAUGCUGAUCUAUUAGAAAUGGUUGCUGAAGUGAGUUUAAAAUGGAAGCAUAGUGCAAAUGCAGACUUUUUGUACAAAUCUAUGCAUGGCAUAUUGUCGAAGUGUUGAACUUAGAAACAUUUCUCAUGUUUGGUCUGGGCUGUAGACAACUCUGCAAAUAUUUCAACUUUUAAAGUAGGUUUGUUUUUGUUUUUUUGUUUUUAUUAACGAGCUUCAUUUUCGGUCCUAAAGCAUUAAGUUAUUUAUGCCUCAGCAGUAAAAGGCUGAUGGGGGUUGUCGUCACCCUGCCAGGACGCUCAAGUUUAUUAAUGCGAUAACUUGAGAAUGAAGCGACGUAGGAGUUUCAGAUUGUAGCUACUAAAAAUCUCUGACGGGUUUAAAUCUCAGUGAUCUUGACCUCAAGGUCAGAGGUCAAGUUUUCUGAAAUGUAAAUGUGAUAACUCGAGAACAAGAUGACGUAGGAAUUUGAAAUUCAGACCACAGGUGCAUCUAGUAGGAGGCUGAGGGGUACCACUGGCCACUGCCAGUAUUUCUUUUUCCUCCCACACUUUUGUACAUUUUGUUGAGCCAUCAUUGUUUCCCUCAUCAGUGUGUCUUUAGUUAACUUAGCGUAUUAGCACGAUAUUGAAAGUAGUUAUUACAUUCAAUGCUUCCACACACUAAUUACUUCAGCACUAACGUGUUGAAUGUAUGAGAAAGGGACUGGAAUCUUUUUGUACGUACUUCUUCUUGCAUGUCACUCUGAACUGUACUGUAUGUCUGUUUUUUAAGACGAGUACUAUGCACAUGGUGUAACUUAAUGGUGCAACGGUACGCCCUGUCAGAUACCUGUCAUGUACACCGUCCACACCCACCGAGUUGAAUCUUUAGGGCUGUAUGUGGUUAAUUAUUUUUGCUCAUGUACCUUUUUUUUCCCCUAAAAAAAGAUAUCCACCUUAGAGCGUAGGGACAUGCACUUUGGUUUUAGACUUCCAAUAAGGUUAAAAUUAGUUUUGAAGUGUAAUUUCGGUGAAGAUAUCCAACAAAUAAUAACGUUUAUCUUCAGUUUGCUCUGGAUUGUGGACUGUUACCACAUAGUUGUAACAUAGUGCACCUACUGUAAGUUGCUGUUAACUGUCAGAUUAAUUUGUUGUCAUGAACAUAAGAAGACAGAUGCAUUUCCUUUGGUGUGAAUAUUUUCCAUAACCAACAAGAGUAAAGUGAGCUACUGUUUGAGUGUGAAUGUGGGGUGCAAGUCACAAAAACAACUGUAUGAUAAAUAUUUUAUACAGUAUUUAAACUUGUAGCUGGUUUCAAUAGACCUGCCCAUUGUUGCCAGAAUGGUCAGGCUAAGUGAUUAACCUUUAUUGUUCACACAAUUUUGCAUUCUGUAGUGUAAUUAAUUUUAUUAAGAGCUUUUGGGGGGGCGGGCUCUUUUCCUCCUAAAUGCAUGCUAACUACUGAACACAUACCACUGUAUUGUCAUAGCAUGAGAGGUCCUUUACAUCAAAUGGGACCUUUAAAGUAAAUAUUCUCUACAUACCUGUACCUUGUUCAUAAUUUGAAUAAAGUAUAAUUGCCUUUC